AUGUCCGGCAUAUUUCAUCAACAUCUUAAAUAUUAUAAAUAUCAACGCGUCCCAACAGUGACUGGCAAAGCUAUUUUCUAUCUUUUUUUUAAUAAAGAAGAAGAUACAUAUGCUGCUCUUCGAGCAGUGAAGGCAUUCAAACAGAUCUCACUUGUCAGAUACCAUCCAUUACAUGAAGUUGAUUACGAGGCACCAUUUCGACCAUUUCCACCGGGCAAUAUAAUUCAUACUUGUCGCUAUGCAUUUAGAAGAUAUUUUGAUAAAUUUGCUGAUACGAUGGAUGAACCAAUUUUAAUUACGAUACCAAUGCCAACGAUUAUCCUCCAAAUUCCACUCGGUAAAAUAAUACAACUACAGGAAGCUGACUCUGAGUCAAAUACUGGAUCAAACACUAGAUGUACUCAUUGUGGUUAUUUAGAAAAUGAAGAACAAGAACUGAACGAAAAUGAUAUAGAAUCAAAGGAACUUGACGUAGAUGAUAUUAAAAUAGUAGAAAUCAAAGAAGACGUGAUUUUCCAACCUGAUAUUGACGAGCAAAAUCAAUUUAAUGAAUAUAUGCUUGAUAAUUAUGUAAAUCGUUACAAAGCUUCUUUAUCUUCCAUUUCAGAAACGGAUACAAAAGAUGAAGUUUAUGAUUGGGAUCAUCUUUUUGCCGACAAGAUUCGUGGAAAAUAUACAGAUACAAAUGGUACUACUUCAUAUAUAAAUGAAGAAAUACAAGAUGAAAGCAUAAAACAAACAAAGAGAAAGAUCGAUGACGAUACACAAAUAGAUAACAUUGUAAAUAAAUAUAAAAAAUGCUUGUAG